GGAGACUCGAGGAACUGGACUUGGUGUCGUCAGAGAGUCGGGGCUGUCAUGUGAGAAGCUGUGGAAGCACUUCGACCAGGAAAUCUCAGAUUGUUGAUAGGGCGACAGUUUAGCUGGUGACCGUCGGGGAGCGGAGAAGUUGUUUUUAGUAUUAAAAGGUUUUAGUUUUCAUUUGUGCGCCAUGGCAUCUCUAUUCAAGAAGAAGACAGUCGAUGACAUUAUAAAGGAACAGACUAAGGAGCUUCGUGGUACUCAGAGACAGAUCACUAGAGACAGAGCUGCUCUGGAGAAACAAGAGAAACAAAUGGAGAUGGAGAUAAAGAAGAUGGCUAAGUCUGGGAACCGGGAGGCCUGCAAGAUCCUGGCCAAGCAGCUGGUCCAGCUGAGGAAACAGAAGAACAGGACCUACGCCGUCAGUUCAAAGGUCACCUCCAUGUCUACACAGACCAAGGUCAUGAACUCCCAGAUGAAGAUGGCAGGAGCCAUGUCUGCUACGGCUAAGACAAUGCAGGCGGUGAACAAGAAGAUGGAUCCUCAGAAGACCCUCCAGACCAUGCAGGACUUCCAGAAGGAGAACAUGAAGAUGGGCAUGACAGAGGACAUGAUCAACGAUACGUUAGAUGAGAUAUUUGACGAGUCAGGUGACGAGGAAGAAUCUCAGGACAUUGUGAACCAGGUUCUGGAUGAGAUUGGCAUUGAGAUCUCUGGAAAGAUGGUGAGAGCCCCAGCAGCAGGGAAGAAUCUCCCCUCUGCCUCUCCUAAACGGAAAACACAGAUCUCUGACGAUGAGAUAGAGAGACAGCUCAGAGCACUUGGAGUGGACUAACACAGACACACACACACACACACACACCUUGGGCUAGGUCUGUGUACUUGCAGGCUGGUGGUCCAUGUGUCGGAGACUGGGAGACUGUGGCUGGUUAUGAAUAGGUAGUGACUACAUUAUGGAAUAAUAGAAUGUCUUAUUAUGACCCAAACUACAAUCUGCUGAAGGAUGGGAUAUUCAUGUACAUACAGACAGUUGACUCCGGUGACUUCAAUGUAUACAUGAUAUUCUGGAAGGACCAAUCCUGUGGGAGGAUGAAGUAAUGAUGUUUUUUGUGCUCUCACAUCUUUAGGUACGGUACUAUAGAUGCUGGUGAUGUCAUAGACUACUGUCUGUAGUACCACUUACAUGAACUCUAGGAACUACUGACAAUGCUUGACUUUUUCACUAAUAAACAUUUUGCAUGAGAA